GGAUAACGAAACAAAGUUUAAAAAUCUCUGUUGCUACGCUUAUAGGAUGUCACAGUAGAGAGAAAGGGAAUGAAAGAGUGAGAGAUCGAUCUACGAUCAUCGGCUCUAAAAAAAGAAAUCGGGAAGUAGGAAGGAAGACGAAGAAGAAAAGAAGAGGGCGCCAGUACAGAUAUAUCGGUGAGUGUGACUGGACGGAAAGACGUGGGCGAUUCCCAAGUACCGGCCUCCUGGUCCGUCGUGUCGUUUCGAGUGUGUCAGUGAGUUUGUGGAGGCGAACCUAACCUAGUCGUACGGUGCGCACUAUCGAUCAAGAAGCCAUCGGUUUAAAGAGGUCUUGACUCUUUUUGUGGCCACAGGUUAUGUAUACGUAAUUUCGCGGUUGGUGUAAACACGUUUUGUGCGUUUCGUUAAAUUUCGCGCUAAAUUACGGCGAGCUGCUUCUAACUGCCUAACUUGCGUGUUACGAACGUGAAUUGAAAGGAAGAAACUGUGUGCAAACGGAGUCAGAUUGAAAGAGAACGGUGGAAGAAAGUCGAAGACGAUAGAAGAAACGCAACGAAAGGAGUGACAACGACUAGAAAUCGGAAGUGAUCGUGUCGUGUAUCGGAAACGAUUCUAUGCGGCAAGAUGAUGGAGACACAGAAUUACUGGGAGGACAACUCCGCUCAUUCUAUGCAAGUAAAAUACGAGAGUCUGGAUGCUAGAUCUUGCAAGGACGAAAUAUACAGGAUGGGAAUAGGCGCUGGUUAUUGCGAAGGAAACUUGAACUUUGCUACAGCCUCCGAGGAUGACGAGGUUUAUACCAAGAAGAAGGUUUCUAGGCAAGAUCCAAUGUCUCAUAGGAUUAUCGAAAAACGCAGGAGAGAUCGUAUGAAUAAUUGUUUGGCCGACUUGAGUAGGCUGAUACCGGCCGAGUACUUGAAGAAAGGCCGAGGAAGAGUGGAGAAGACCGAAAUCAUUGAAAUGGCUAUACGUCACAUGAAGCAUCUUCAAGGUCUUCGACAAGAGUCGAAACACCCGGCCGUGACGUCGGUGCACACGCAUCCCGAAGACAGUGUGGACAGUGUAUCGCAUUCAACUAUCGCAUCUACCGCGGCAGAGCACUACAGGCUGGGUUUCCAAGAGUGUCUGAGCGAAACCGUGCAUUUCCUCGUGGAGGUGGAGGGCUUUUUUGCCAGAGACUCUUUAUGUGUUCAACUGAUCAAUCAUUUGCAGCAGCACUGCGAGAAGAUCCUAGCUACCAGUGACAGGCUAGGUUUUCCUCAUCCAGAGAUGCCAACCGCGAACGGUAUCGCGAAUGGCUCUAGUUACGCGCACACCAGCAUUCCGACGAUGUGUCAGCCGAACGGUCAUUCGGACCACGGCUCGAGCUCCGGUGCGAGUUCCUUCGGUGAUCCGGAGCGUCCUCUGCGCCCAGCGAUCAUCCCACCGCCGACUAUAGCGAGCGACGACAGCAAUCAUAGCAGCCAUUCGCAUAGUACACCGCCGAGUACCAACUGUAAGCCUUCCAACUACAAGUUCAAGAGCUCUAUCAAGCAAAGGUUCUCAGCGGAGAGGAUAAAAUCCAGUCCCCCGCCGACCAUCAGCAUGGAAAAACCAUCCGCGUCUCACGGAGUUCCGAUCUUCGCCCUUCACGACGGUGGCGCCUUCUACGUUCCGUUAACCGUCGAAGCUUCUCUGUUGAGGCCUCAUCUGAACUUCAUGUCGGACACCGGUCCUGACACGGUGCUUCAUCCGGUCACGAUAUCGGUAAACUUCAACCAUUCGAGUCCGCCGGCGUGGUCACACCACCAUAGUCCUACGCACCAGCAAUAGACAUAAAGGAAAGUCAGGAAUCGUAUCUGAAUGUAACCCGAUAUCCUGUUUCGCUCGUUCCAACCGUCGAUACACGUGUACGCGUAUACGCGUGCCUUCGUACGUCUUGAAUCCACGAAUCCUAAAUCCGCUCGUGCUAAAAUUGGCGUUGUCGGUAUGCCGAACACCGUGUCUCGCGGUGGACGAGGAGAACGGGCGACGACGCGGAUCGAUCGCGCUCGUUCAAGGACCCGAUCGACCACCGUGGAAUCAUCGAACGAUUCGUCCGGAUGUUUCGAAGAUCGUGUACGAUCGGUUCUUGGAAAAGAAACGGUCACAUCGUUGCACGGUGACGGCGAUUUUAUUUUCUUUCUGGUUCUUUAGCUUACGUUAACGUCAGAGGAACGCUGGUGUAUAGCGUGUUUUAGCGUUUUACGAAGGAACGAGGUGUCGAGGAUAGUUUUUUCUUUCUUUUGUAUAUUUACCGAGGCUGUGGGUUGUCUUAGCAUUUACGAGAUUUGAGAGAAAGAGCGAUUAUAGAGACGUCGUUGGUAGAGAUCGAGCGUUAGGGCUUGAAGGCCCGGGGUUGCUUUAGCUUCGGUGUGUUUCUCCUUUCGUCGGUAUCGUCACAGUCGAAUCCCGUUCCUCUCACAUUCUUUCCCUUCUCCCUUUCUAUUACGUCGAUCUUUGUUUCCUUGUAUCUUCUUUUUACCCGUUUCACCCUUCCCUGUGCUUCAUUUUCUCUUUGUUCUUCGGCUGGACAAGUGCGUCGGGCGAUGAAUAAAAGUCGCAACAGUAUCGAACUCGUCGAAUUACGUCAUUCGAAGUGUAAUUAGUAUUAAAUAAAGAUUAAUCGAUGUGUCUAUGUUGGCGAAGCAACUGAGCUACCACCGUAUAAAUACAUAUAUGUACGUCGAACUCUUUCGUAGCACUGGGAAGCCUGGAUUGCACGCAACAUAUUCGAUCGGUCGACAAAGUUCUGUUUUCGAAACGUAAGCUAGCCGACAGAAGUGCCUACAAUAUUUUCAGUUAACAAAUUCCAUUUAUGUGAUCGUUCCGUAUGUACGAAGAUAGUGGUUUAUUUCUUUUCUGCGGAUAAUUCUGUGUCACGUUCGAUCGCAAGAGUGAUCGAUUCUGCUCGGCGCCCUGGCAAACGGGCCUCAGCAAUUAAAGACUGACCAAGACCUGCAUUACACUAAAUUCUUGUAAGAUCAUUGCAUUAAAUAUAUAUUUGUACAUACCACGUUUAGUUGUAACGUUAACGAAGAAUUUAUGCGGAAUAAAUUAUAUUUACCAUAGCCCUUUACCUCUUAUCUCAUCUUCCAUGAUUUUCCUAUAAAUGUACAUGUAUCUUAAACGUGUUUAUCGUUACCCGUAACAUGGCUGAAAAUUGAAAAUAUCAGGGAUCUUUUAAUUUUACGUUUAAUGCGAUGUAAAUGAAAUUGGGGAAUCUUGAUCAAUUCCAAUUUAUAAUCUAAUAGCUGUUUCGUUAAAAACAAAAGAUGUUUCGCUCUAUUAGCAUUCGAAUAUUCGAAGAAUUUAUAUACACAGGCCUACGUAAUGUUUUCAAUUUUUACGUCGAGAAUUUUAUUUGACGAAGAAAUCCCCAUGUCUGUGCAAAGAUCGCUUCAGGAAGGAAUAAGAAUGAAACAAUGCGGUUAAAAUUUUUUUUUUUAUUACAUCAACAUAAUACUGGCUAAGGGUCAAAACAAUUGAAGAACGCGUCUAUUAGGGGUACCGAGAUUAACACAGGCAACUCGGAAGUGAAACUUGCUGGCGAAUUCGAGGAACGCCCGGUGUAACCGAGCUCCUCGAUCGGCAGCGAGUUUCCUUCGAGCCGCGAAAGGGAUGGGAGCACGGUCUAAUGUUCCCUAACUAGAGAUAAAUACAUUUCUUGUACAAGUAAUAAAAUUAUUCGCAGCGAGGCAACCAAGUCUUCGAACAAAUCAGCCUUUAACGAAUCCUUCGAAAAGAAGAUUAAAAAGUAAGGGAUGGCGAGGCAGCAGCGGGUACACUCUUUAUGUGUCCAACUCGAAUCGCGUCAGGUUGCGUUUAGUGUUUCUCGUUUAGGUAUAUGGGAAUCUGUAUGCGUCUAUUAUAUGGGUGCGUGUUACGUGUUCUACGCGUGUUUCUUUCGUAAACGCCAGGAAAUCGUGAAUAAAGAAUGUGUUAUCGAAUUAAUAAUGUGGCGCGGAGUACUUAAGUGAUUCGUCGUGACCGGCCGCUGCCUCGUGUUUAGUAUCGCGCAAUUAAGCUGUGAUGAUCAUACGUCAUCAUCCCGUUCUGUUUCAUCGGUUGUGUGUAAUUGUUGUUGUUGUUGUUGUUGUUGUUGUUGUUACAUUUAAUUGAAAAACCUAACUA